ACGAAUCAGCUUGGACUUCGUAUCCCGAAAUGCAAUGCGUCCUGUCGCAUGACGAUGACGUAACCGCUCGCGCGCCGCGCGCGUCUCCGCUUUGGCCGCGGUGUUGUGGAUGAAAAGCAGCCUCGAAAGCCACUCACGACGUUCCUGCCACGAUGUCCCAUCAAGCGGCACCUUCCGCCGCGGACUCCCCGGCGUUGUUGAUCACCAACACCACCGCCGUGCAUAAAUACGCCAUGAAGAAGAAAGAGAUCCUGAACGCCGAGGAGAGUGAGCUGUAUGAGCUGAGCCAGGCUGCGGGCAUCACAGUGGACCAGGAGGUGUUCAAGAUCAUGGUGGACUUGCUGAAAAUGAACGUGGCCCCUCAAGCGGUCUUCCAGACUCUGAAGGCCAUGUGUGCCGGUCAGAGGGUCCCCGAAAGCUGCGGCGGAGACGCCGCCGCGGCCUCCCACGUCACUGGAAUCCCCUUGACCAAGGCAGAAGCUCGAGCUCAACAGGAUGAGAGUUUGAGCUCUGGGAAGGGUGCUAAGAUGCCCGCCGGUGCCCCCGCGGGGCCCGCACCGCGAGGCACCAGGAUCAGCGCCAAGAUGGCGGCCUACGGCACCCAAGACGCCGGCAGCGCCGCUCACGCUCAAGCAGGGCGAAGCAAAGCGGCGGCAUCAUCGUCCACGUCGUCGGCGACCCCAGCCGACAAGACGCGCGAGGCCUCUGGCCAGCGGGCGCAGCGGCAGCCCAGCGCCAGCAGGGGGCAGAAGACGAAGAGCUCGGGAAGCAGCAGCUCCUCUUCGCAGAUGAAAUCAUUGUGCGCCACCACUCGUGAGCGGUUUUGAGAGCAGGCCUCCUCCUGGCUUCCCGCGGGCCGCCGAAGUCGCCACGACGUCUCUUUCGAGUCUUCAAAGCACCUCGGCAGACUUUUGCCUAGACGAGCGGGGUACGUACGCCUCGGACUGGUCGGCAACCCUUUUGCCAAGUUAAAUGCAACUCCCCGCAACUUCAAGUCAAGAGUGUCGUCCCGAACGAAGAUCAAACGCAAUCGUCAUCAUCGUAGCAAUAAUGACGACACUAGAAAUGGAAUCAUAGUGAUGGGGAAAAAAAUGGCUCCAUGUAUUUUGGAAUUGAUAUAAAAAAAACAAAAACGAGCUGCUCCGUUCCCUCUUCAGAGUCUUUGACAAGGAAAUGACAAAAGAAUCAAACGCUCCCCGAUACUGAACAAAGAAACAAAGAUGUCGACGCCAAAUCCGAGCCGUUUGCCACGAGCGUACCCGACAUCAAUUCCAUCAAGAAUUGCAAACGGAUCUCCACAUAUCGCAUCCAUUCCCACGGAAGUCAUUCCGUCCAUUCAAGCCUCCCCGCUGAGCUUCGUACUCUGCGUAGCAUAUUAUGAGACAAUCUUUUCCACCGUGUUGUGUUUGGACUACGGGCGUAGUUGCAAAGCACAGCCAUUUUCUAUUUCGCUUGCGCAUAUGUUCAAUGUCCAUUUGGAAAUGUUUGAAAUAUGAAGAUGACAAAUUCAA